AUGUCUACUGCUAAUCCUGUCGGCCCAGUACCACCGUCUGGUAUCUGGUGCCCGGCCGUGACCUUUUUCGAUCCCCAUACCGAUGGCCUCGAUUUGGUUUCCCAGAAGAAAUACUACGCCUAUCUCAGCGCAACCGGUCUUGCGGGUCUGGUGAUUCUCGGCACGAAUGCUGAAGCCUUUCUCCUGACGAGAGAGGAACGGUUCCAGCUGAUCCAAGCCGCACGGCAGGCGGUUGGCCCAGCAUUUCCCAUCAUGGCUGGGGUCGGGGCGCAUUCCACCCGUCAGGUGUUGGAAUUGAUGAGCGAUGCGGCUCAGGCAGGCGCAAAUUACGCUCUCCUGCUUCCACCGGCGUACUUCGGCAAGGCUACCACCCCGGAUGUCAUCCUGCAUUUCUAUGAUCAGGUGGCUCAGGCAUCCUGCCUGCCCAUCGUCAUCUAUAACUUCCCCCAAGUCUGCAACGGUGUCGACCUAGACUCGGAUCUGAUAACCACAAUCGCGAAGCGGAAUCCUUCCAAGAUCGUGGGGGUCAAAUUGACUUGCGGCAGCGUUGCCAAAAUCGUCCGAUUGACGGCGAGUCUUCCUCCGUCGAAAUUUGCCACGUUCGGAGGCCAGUCAGAUUUCCUUAUCGGCGGUCUCAGCGUGGGUUCCGCCGGCUGCAUCGCUGCCUUUGCAAACGUCUUUCCCAGGACCAUUUCUCAUAUCUAUACGCUAUAUCGGAAGGGACGAAUCGCAGAGGCGCUUGACAUACAUCAAAGAGCCGCCUUAGCUGAGAGCCCCAUCAAGGCGGGAAUCGCGGCAACAAAGUAUGCUGUCGCACGCUUCUCUGCUCCCAUGGCGGGCAUACAAGACGCUGAGCAGAAGCUUCGUCCAAGGCGACCUUACCAAGCGCCAUCCGAGGCUACAAAGAGCAGAGUCGAGGCAUCAAUGAUCUCAUUGUGGAAGAUUGAAAAGAGCUUGGAGUUAGGCACCUUCACCUCGAAGCUUUGACAUUUCCGACCCGUUCACCGUAAAGUUUUGCCUUUCAUUGGCAUCCG